UAUAUAAUUAAAGCAACUUCUAAAAUUAGAUUUUAAUUUGCAUAUUUUGAAAAUAAAAAAAUGUUAAUUAUAUUCGUUAAAAAGUUCCUCCACCUCCAACCAACUGUCAAUUUCCAGUGAUGCAACCUACAAAACCAGAACCAGAUUCACAAAAUUCCCUAGCCUGUUGUACUAUACAAAACAUGUAGAAAAUGGACAUCAGGAAGUGAUUUUUGUCGCGUAAAUUCAAUGAAAAUUAAUGCUUUUUUAAGGAAUAUGCCGAUAAUAUUCCUAAAACUGUUGUUUCACGAAAUAGAAAACCUAAUAACGUGAAUAAAAAGUGACAAAAGUGAGGUCUACAAAUUUGAAAACAAUGAAUCUCAUGGUGGGUGAUGAUCGUGUUUAUGCCGCUGAGAGAAUUACUAGGAAAAGGAUUCGAAAGGGUGUGGUGGAGUAUCUAGUAAAAUGGAAAGGCUGGAGUCAAAGGCACAACACUUGGGAACCUGAGGAAAACAUCUUAGACAACCGCCUUAUAGAACUCUACGAGCAAAACCACAGACCAGAUGGAACCCUCAAACGAGGACCUAAGAAAAAACAUCAUUCUUCUUCUGCUGUGGCUCCAGUAGCAGAAGACACCGAAGAUGAGGGGGUCAGGAGUGGGGAGGAAAGUCAAGAUGAAGGUCCAUCUGAGACUGUUACUCCCGCACCUCCUGCAGCCAAAGGCAAGACCAAACAUGAGGCAACUGCUCGUGUUGAAGAUGAUGAUACUCGGGCAGGUUCUGAGGAGACAUCAGAAACUGUUGUAGCUCCCACAACGGAAUCUGUAGAAAAUGAAAACUCAAACAGUUCUAGCAGCGAAGACAGGAGGCCUCUUUUAGCUAGAAUGGACGUUGGGACGAAGAGGAAGGCUGAGGUGUUGUCGAAAGAGAGUGGGAAGAUCGGAGUGACUAUAACUACGAGUCCUACCAGUUCGAGUCCACCGCCUGUAAAAGCACCUAAGCUCUCCUCGAAGCAGACUUCAGCUGCAUCGAGGACCAAUGAGCGCCAGAAUUCAAAAGCCGAAGAGGAAUCUUCAGCGAUUCCAUCAGCUUCUAGUCCAGCUGUUCUGACAGCUACAGCGCCGAGAACCAGUACGGAUAAGAGACAGGUACCUGCUGACGCGACUCUGUCGGCGACUUUACCGCAUUCGUCGACUAAGGAACCAGCGUCGCCCAAACCUAUAGCAUCACGUACGGAUGAAAAAAGGCCUGAGAAGAAACCGGAGCCUAAGCCGGAAAACGGUCAGCCGGAAGAAAAACCGAUCGCCGUCAACGGCCACAACAUCAACAUCAACAACAACACCAUCCCCAACGACGUGCCAUCCCUCACUAGUCCGAGUUCAGAGUACUGGCUGGCUAGGAACCCUGUGGCAGACCAAGUUUUCAUAACCGACGUGACGGUCAACCUGAAAACAGUGACGAUUCGCGAAUGCAAGACUGAAAAGGGAUUCUUCAAGGAUCGUGACGACAAGAGUCAUCCCAGUGAUAUUGUAUGAUUUGGUUUUCGGUCUAAGGUACUGUAGUUGGUGAAAAAUUGGGUAAAUAUGAACGUUUCUGGAAUAUCUAGAGUUGGAACUGUGCGUUAUAGUGUGAGAUGACAUAUUUAUUUUUUAUUGGCUGAUUACUUGUUGUAACUUGAAAAGUAUAUGAUAGAACGAGGAUCAUAUUCCGAUUAUUCCAUACUAAGGUUAUUCAUGCGAAUACUAUGCAUUAUUUUUUUACGACUACUUUCCAUUGAUAAUGUAAACUGCGCGGCAUAAGUUAGGGCUAGCAUGUAAUGAUGGCUAUUACUCACGAUGAUGAAGUUUGCGACACUAGCCGUAGACGAGUGUCGUAAUUCAUCAGACUGAUUAAUAGCCAUUACAUGCAAGUAGAAUACUUUACUUUUUCUACGACCUUUGUUUAUUUUAAUUAGUAAAAAAUAUAAUUAUCAACUACUCGAGAUUUCAAUUAAGUAUAAUAAUUUACAAAAAUACCUAAAUGCUGUUUACCCCUAGUACGUGGCUGAAUGAUUGGUUGGCUACAAUUACCCAAAUCUAAAAAUACAACAAGAAAUAGUCAAUCCAACUUCUAUUCGUUUCCGAAAAAAAUAUGCAUAAAUUUGUACCUACUGUCAGUGAAUCUAAUAAAUAGGAAAUGGCUAUUGUCGGUGGACGUAUUUCAUAUUAUAGUUAUAAUGUAUAUUUACAUUUAACUAUACAGGGUGUUAGUAAAUAAGUAUGAAAAACUUUAAGGGGUAAUUCUACAUGAAAAAAUAAUGACAGUUUGUUCGGUAAACAUAUGUCCGCAAAUGAUUCGUUUCCGAGAUACGGGGUGGUGAAAUUUUUAUUUCAAACUGCGAAUUGUUUUAUUACUCUAACACCGUUUGAGCUAUGGAAAUUAAAUUUGGUGGGUUUUAAGAGGUAGUUAUUGCGCAUUUUUUGAUAUACAAAUAACAAUUUUGUAUUCAUCAUUGGCGCGCCUACGGGUAAUGGUCUGAAUUUUUUAAAGAAAAAAAUAGUACGCCACUGAGAUAUUCUAAAUUAAAAAUAAUUUUUGUAUUCCACGUUUAAUUUACGAUAAAGAAUCUUUCUUGUCUUUUUUUUUUCAUAUGGUACACCGUUUUUAUGCAAAAAAAAUAAAAUAUCUUCGCGCGUAUUUUUCAUUUAGUAAUAAAUUAUCAAGUACUCUCCAAUAUAAUAAUACCAAACUAGAACAAUAACAGAAAAUAUUCAAAUCUAAAAAGAUUUUAACUAUGUUCAAGGCUACAACAAAUGUUCAAAAUUACCUCCUUUAAAGGGGGCAGAGUAAUUUUAUAUUCACUUUUUUCACAAAUUAAAAAUCAUUUUUGAAUUCCUCGUUCAAUUUACGACAAAAAAUCGUACUCGUCUUUGUUCAUAUGAGGCGCCGUUUUUAUACAAAAAAAUAAAACAUCUUAACGUUUACAAAGUAUUUGAAAUAAUCGAAAGUUGAGUCAGGAAAUAAAAUUCGAAAUUAUUUAUCCUCUGAGCUUUUUAAGUUGGAAAAAAUAAAGCAUAACACAGUGGCAAAAUACUCGACAAGGGAAAUCUAAAAAUGCAUUUCACGUCCUGUCAUUCACCGUGAUAAUAAUUUUAGCGAAUUAUUUCCCUUUAUAUCCACAAAAGUGAAUAAAGUAUAAACUAAAAGAAAAGAAAGGAUGGUUUAGAUUUGAUUACACUACAGCACCUCUACUAUGUGCUUAUACGUAUUUCGGAAUAGCCGUUUCCUCAUCGGAGCACCUGGGUAGAGGCACUGAACUGAAAUCAAAUCCUUUCAUCCUUUCUGGGUAAUUAUUUCCGGGUAUUUGAAAUAAGUUCCUAUGCAUAUCUACCUCGAAUAAUUUGUCAGCGGUAAGUUGUUUUAUAUUUUUGUAUAAAAACGGCGCCGCAUAUCAAAAAAAAAGACAAGAAUGAUUUUUUGUCGUAAAUUGAACGAGGACUUUAAAAAUGAUUUUUAAUUUGACGUAUCUCAGUGGCGUACUAUUUUUUUUUCUUUAAAAAACUCAGACCAUUACCUGUACGGGCGCCAAUGGUGAAUAUAAAAUUGUUCUGUCACCCUUAAAGGAGGUAAUUUUGAACAUUUGUUGUAGAUUUGCAACCUAGUUAAAAUCUUUUUAGUAAUAUUUUCUGAUAUUGUUCUACUUUGGUAAUAUUAUAUUGGAGAGUUCUUGAUAAUGUAUUAAAAAAUGAAAAAUACGCGCGAAGAUGUUUUAUUUUUUCGCAUAAAAACGGUGCACCAUACGAAAAAAUACAGGAAAGGUUCUUUUUCAUAAAUUACACGCGGAAUACAAAAAUAUUUUUAAUUUGAAAUAUCUCAGUGGCGUAACAUUUUUUUCUUUAGAAAAAUUCAGACCAUUACCCGUAGGCAAGCUAAUGAUGAAUACAAAAUUGUUAUUUGUUUGUUAAAAAAUGCGCAAUAACUACCUCUUAAAACCCACCAAAUGUAAUUUUCAUAUUUCAACCGGUCUUAGAGCAAUAAAAAAAUUGGCAGUUUUAAAUAAAAAUUUCAAUACCCUGUAUCUCGGAAACGAAGCAUUUGCGGACAUACGUUUAUAGAGCAAACUGUCAUUAUUUUUUCAUGUAUAAUUACCCCUUAAAGUUUUUCAUACUUAUUUACUAACACCCUGUAUAUAACAUAAUAAUAUAACUAUAUAUAAUAUGUUAUAACAUAUUUAACACAAUAUAACUUGAAAAAUAAAUACAAUAUUAGUUAUAAAUUCCAAUUAACACAAAUGCGCUAAUGUGACUGUCACUAAAAUAAAUGAUAAACGUCAAAAUUUUUAGUAAACAAGACAUAAACGUAAAAAAUAUACUGACAUUGUUACAGUUAAAGUUCCUUUAAAAUUUUUCGAAGUUAAUUAUUGAUAUAAAUUACAAUAAUUAUUGUAUUAAAUAAAUAAGUUUAAGUAAUUUUAUUUACAAUGUAUAUAGAUACGAUUAAUAUUAAAAGUGGCAUGCGUCACUUGAAUCUAACUUCAGCCCGUGAGUAAUGACCCGUGAGUAACAGUAAUGGGUGCUAUUAUCUAUUAAAAAAUAGCGAAUAAUGAGCAUAUUAUUAAUCGGUCGUAGAAAACAUAUUUUAUAGUUAUUCACAAAAAUAUUAUCCACUACAAAAAAAAAUAUAAAAAGGAAUAAUUAUCCAUAAAAAAUAAAAAUUAAAUUUUGCAUUAAUAAACAUUGUGUCCUAAUAAGUCGUAUAUCCACAAUUGAAAUCAAUUACUGCUUGACUUCUACGUGACAUACUAUCUAUUAAAUUAUCAAGAGAUUCUUGAGCACUAUCUCACUAUAAACCAGGGUAACAGUUAUCAAAGUUGCAGAAGGUUAUGUGGAAGUGGUAGGUGAUGUGUAAGCCUUAUUUUUAGCAUGUCCCCAGCAUGUUUAAUGGGAUUGGGAUCUGGAGAUCACUGGGGUAAUGCCAAAUGAGGAAUUCCAUGCAAAUCUCUACUUUCUUCAACAACUUCAGAUCUAUGUGGUCAAGCAUUAUCGUUGAAAAAACUUGUCCCCAAUGGCUGGAUGAAAGCUGUACAUCUCCCCAUUCAUAGUUUUAUUGCAAAUGUAGAGAUUGUUCUUCCACCGAAACAGAUUCCAGGCCAAACCAUAACAUCACCAUCUUCAAACGGAUGAACCAUCUGACACGGUCUUUAAUUUCUUGGUACCCUUUGUCUUGUCCAAACACGUACUUUGUAGACUACCUGAAAGUCGGCAAAAUCUAGACUCGUUUGUGAACAAUACUGCAUGCCAUCUAUCUCUCUAAUUUAAAUGGGCUCUAGUCCAAUCUAAUCUUUGACGCCGAUAUCGUAAGGUCAAUGGUACACGUCUGAAAGGGUGUCUAGAUAACAAACCAAAUGUUUGUAAACGUCUUCGAAUAUUUCAAGAGGAAAUAAGGGGAAAUAAAAGCUAUAGAGUUCGGCAUGUCAGCGUAUAUUUGCUUCAUUGAUCUGACAAGGCCUUUGACAGGGUUCGCCUGGGAGACAUUCUUAAUAUAUUAAUAGAAAAUAAAACACCGACCAGCACAACAAAGAUAGUCUAUAACCUAAAUGAGUCUUUGAACACGUAAGAUAUGAGAAAAUGUUAAAAAUAUAACGAAAUAUAGUUUUACUGAUGAUCUACAUUAGUAAUGAAGUUCGAUUGAUAAGAAAACUGAUAGAUACAGUUUGUUUGGUAUAAGUAUGUAACAAAAAUGCUAUUAGAAACAUUAAUAUUGUUCUGAUCUAUUGUCAAUGGUACACGUCUGAAGGGGUGUCUAGAUAACAAACCAAAUGUUUGUAAACGUCUUCGAAUAUUUCAAGAGGAAAUAAGGGGAAAUAAAAGCUAUACAAUUCGGCAUACCAGCGUAUAUUUGCUUCAUUGAUCUAACGAAGGCCUUUGACAGGGUUCGCCUGGGAGACAUUCUAAAUAUAUUAAUAGAAAAUAAAACACCGACUAGCAUAACAAAGAUAGUCCAUAACCUAAAUAACAACAACGUAACCAAAGUUAGAGCAUUAGACCAAUUCGCUGAAAAUAUUCCAACACCGGGAGGAAUUAGACAAGGCGACAGUUUAAGCCCCUACUUGUGUAACCUACUCAUGGGCAAAAUUAUAAACAAAGUAACAUCUCUUAAUCUCGGAUAUAGAAUGGGCAACAAAAGGAUUGGUAUGGUGUGUUACUCAGAUGAUGCAGCAAUUAUUAUUGCUGAAUCAGAAGAUGAUCUUCAGGGACAGCUAUUUCAGUUCUUUCAAAUAAACCGCCAACUAAAUAUGAACAUUUCUACCAACAAGACUAAAUGUAUGACAAUAGCAGAAGAUCCGCUCAGAUGUAAGUUAGUGGUUGAGAACAACCCUCUAGAACAGGUGAUGCAAUUCAGAUAUCUGGGCAUAGCACCCACGGCCCAGUAAAGGACCUGAGGAGUCAGAUCAACAAAGCAUCUGCAUUGUCAGGACGUCUGCGGGAAAUAGUCUCGUCAAAUCCGUAUAUGCGCACAGAUAGUAAAAUUAGAAUCUACAAGACUUGCAUACGACCGGUCAUAGUGGAAGACCCCAAGAACAAUAGUGGGGAAAACAAGAAGAGACAGGGUGAGAAAUACAAACAUUCGAGAGUAAUGCAAAAUUCAAAAUAUUGUAAGAUGGGGAAGGCAGUGCAAGAGGAUUUAAUACAAGCAUAUAAGAAGAAUGAAUGAGAAUAAACUCCGAAAAAUUGCCCCAAAAAACAACCCGCCCGGUUCAAGACCCCUGAAAGAUGGAGGGAUAGUUGGCAAUCUACCUCUCAGGAAAUUAAAACCAGAGGCAGCUUCAGAAUUAAACAGAUCGAAAGAUCUACAAGAAGUAAAAGAAGAAGAAGAAAAUAAGGGUACCACGUGGCAUCUUGAAGGCGCUGCCAUAGUGUUCAUGCAGUAAAAAAAAGCUCACAUCGCGCAUUUAGUAUAACAUAUCAUUCAUCUCGAGCCGCGGUAAUUCUAGGCUGACCUGUUCUUUGUCGUUCAGCAGCAUUUCCAGUGUUCCAAAAUCUAGGCGCAAGACUAGACAUAAUAUUUGGCAAAACAUUGAAAAUAUUGGCAAUUUCGACUAUAGAGCACCGUUUUGAAGCAUUCCCACAGCUCUGUUGGUUUCAUCUUGAUUUAAUUUUGAUUCGUUUAUUGCAAUAAAAUUAAAACAUGGACUAAAAAAAGAAUGUGUGUGUACUUUGUACGCACGUAAGAAGUUAUACUUCUAUUAUAUGAUUUCAACGAAAUAGAUAUACUUAAAACAGUUUAUUUAAAUUUUUUUUAAUUAUCAAACUAAUUUUGAUAUUACCACUUUCAAAAAAUUUUUAUUAAAACAAUAUCAAAAAAAAGAAUGUGUGUGUACUUUGUAUGCACGUAAGAAGAUAUUCUUCUAUUAUAAUAUAAUAGGUAAUUUAAACGAAGUAAAUAUACUUAUAAGGUUAUUUGUACUUAUUUUAUUUAAAAAUCAAACUAACUUUCUUAUCUACCACUUUCAAAAAAGAAGUAUGUCUUCAAAAAUUAUAUAAUAAUAUACUUACAAUCAUAAAAUCUAUAAAAAAAAUAAAAAAUAAUAACUUGCUUGGGGCUUGAACCCACUUUACGUCUACCGCGCCGUACGAAAGUUGACGCCAUUUCAAACUGCACCAAACUCUCGUAUACGUCAUGUGGGAAUAUACACAAACUAAACGUUUACACCAUAAAUUUAUAUGAAUUUAAUAAAAUUAUUAGUUUGAUUUUUGUCGAAAUAAAAUACAACAAAAUAUAGAGUAAGAAAACGAUAUAUGACAUGAAGAUUUGUAGAAAGUUUGUUCGUAAUCAGAUUAUGUAAAUUCAAGCAUUGCCUACUAAUAGGUAACUACAUUAUUUUGUUUACAUUUUCCAAAUAGAUAGGUAUUGAAACUAUUAGGUAUUUCCAACUGAAACAUUUAGAAUUACGUACCUGCGGCUUUUCAAAACUAUUUAAAAAGUCACUAUAAUUAUAAAUUUGAUUUUAUUUCUGUCCACACAUCAAUAAAAACUAAUAUUAUACAAUAUUUUUGUUUACCGAUAACCUCCAUAUUGAACAAUUAUUGACAGAUCAUUUCAAAAUUUCAACACCCAAUCAGAGCCCGUAUAACGACUAAUACCAUACUGUCGGUGUGCGCAUGCGCGCGGAUCAAUAAAAUUUUACCCUCAAUCGAUUCGCCGCUAAAGAAGAAUAUCUUCAAAAACUAGUGUUAAUUUUUGAUGUAGAUAAGUGACAUAUUAUGGUUUAUACAAUGGAGCACAAUUUUAUUGUAUUAUUAUUUAUAUAAUUUUUAGCAAUAUCCUUAACUUAUGCCUCACAGUUUAUUUGGUGUGUCAAAAUUAUGAAAUAAAUGCAGAUUAUGUGUUGUAAAAAUGAAGUAAUUGAUUUUAUUAAUUGUGUUUUCGUAAUGAUUGACAUGUUCUUGCCUUGGAUAUUCUAGAAAUGUCAAAAUAUAAAUUUUCUAUGAACGUCUUUUUCGACAAAUUGAGCACAAAAGAAAUAUUUUUAAAUAUGUCUAGUAGAGUAGCAUAUGUGAUACCAAUCAAUUCGGUGCGAUGACGUCAUGACUUUGACAUACGUCAUCUGCUCCCGAAUAUAUCCCUUAUAAAUAUUACAGAAAGCUUCGUUAAAAUAUCCGUUUGCGGAUAUUUAUAGGGAGUUAUGUAAGUGGAGGUAUGUAGUAGAAAUGAUUUUUAUAAGAAAUAUACAAAAUUAAGAAAAAAAAUAUUAAAUUAUGUAAAUCGUAUGCUUGUUAUUCUUUAAUAAAAAGUCUAAAUCAUU